AUGAAGUUCUUCGCUGCCGCCACCAUCCUCCUGGCCUCUGCCGCCGCUGCUCCUAUCGAGAGCACCAUUGAGAAGCGCGACGAGUACCCCGGCCCGUACGGCAACGGCUUCAACGGCAUCAACCAGGGUGGCAACUACGGCUUCAACGGCUUCCACAAGGGUGGCAACUACCACGGCUUCCACCCUUACAACCCCCUGGCCGGAGUCUGCCCCACAGUUGGCCCGCACAACAACCCUCAGUGCUGCCCCGUUGGCGCUUGGGGCAACGGCCACAACGGCUGGGGCAAUGGUAACGGUUGGGCCGGCAACCAAGGCUGCGUUGGCCGCCCUGCUACUGGCUACUGUCCUGGAAGUACUGUUCCUCGCUGCUGCUACGUCCCCUACCCCGGUCAGGUCCACUCCUGCUCCCACUCUUUCCACUAA